UGCCGUAAAGCAGAGCUAUUUGCGACUGCCGAAAAGCAAAUCGUUGUUUGGUUGCAAGCGUGACUUUCUCCUGAGAAGCGUGAGCUACUCUAACACAUGCAAUAAAGGUAUGCCUACACGUUAAUGGUAAUUCUACUGAUUUAAAGCUCUAGCAUGGCACUUUAUAUGAAAGCAGCAGAGAUUCUCGAUAAAGUGGAGCAAAAGAAGGGAGCUGUGAAAACUCUGGUCUACGACAGUAAAUUCCAGAAUAUAAAGCAGCUCUUUGCCCUCGUCUGUGAGACUCAGAAAUAUUCCCCAGUGCUUCAGGAGAUCAUCGAGAACACCAGGCUUCUGAAAGAAACCAAACUCCGACAUAAUUUAGCGAAGGUUCUGGUUUAUGACUUGCUCAUUGGCCAAGGCAUAAAAUGUGGUGGAAGCUGGAAGGCAAUGAUGUUGAAACAUCGCUCCAGACUACAAGCUGCUUUGGCUAGAAUUAAAGUCAAGCGGAAAGUCAGUCGAAAUCAGGACCUGCUUCCUCCCAGCGCGCAGCAUAACAACGGUGUAGAUAUUCCACGUUACGUGCGUGUUAACACGUUGAAAACAACUGUGGAGGAUGUCAUUGACUACCUGAAGAGAGAGGGAUUUUCAUAUCAAGGAGCAGCAAGCCAGCUUGAGGAUUUAUGCUCUCUCUCGGGGAAGACUUUUAUGAGUGAUCUUCAUCUCCAAGAUCUUCUGGUUUUCAGUGCGAAAAUGGACUUCCAUGAUCAUUACCUGUAUAAAGCAGGGCACAUUAUCUUGCAAGACAAGGCCAGCUGUCUCCCUGCGUACCUCCUGGACCCCCCAGUUGGAGGCCAUGUGAUUGAUGCUUGUGCAGCUCCUGGAAAUAAAACCAGCCAUCUGGCAGCCAUCAUGAAAAAUAAAGGCAAGCUGUUUGCCUUCGACAUUGAUACGAAGCGCCUGUCCACCAUGAGCACUCUCCUCCUUCGUGCUGGAGUCACAUGUCAUCAGUUGGCUAAUGAGGAUUUUCUGAAGGUGGAUCCACUUUCCCCAGCAUACAGGGACGUGACGCACAUCCUUCUUGAUCCAUCAUGCAGUGGUUCAGGAAUGGUGUGUCUGCAUGAUGGUAGCUCAGAAGAACAGGAGCAUGACCCUGAGCGUCUGAAGGCACUAGCUGCAUUUCAGCUGCGCUGCCUGAACCACGCACUGAAGUUCCCAAAGCUCCAGCACCUCGUCUACUCCACCUGCUCCAUCCAUCCACAGGAGAAUGAGGAGGUCGUGUCUGCUUGUCUUGAGAAUAAUCCUGAUUUUAGACUAAUUCAUCUUUUUCCUGAGUGGCCUGAGCGGGGUCGUGACCCACUGACACAGUGUCUCAGAGCCAGCACUACAAAAACCUUCACCCACGGUUUCUUUGUGGCCAUGCUGGAAAGGCAAGCUACUCCAAACAGUGAAAGCCUUGAUGAACAGUAAGUCAACUCUCGACUACUGGGCCUCCUUCCAUAAGUGAGCCUUCUGCUGGUGAAGAGGAGCAAGUGGAGGUAUCUGUGGACGAACAAUUUCAACCUCCUGCAGCAAAGAAAAGGAGAAGGAAUAGAAAGAAACCCAAAAAGCAGAAGUCCUAAAAUGUUCACUUAUCAUAACAGUGAAAUAUUAUGUACUGUUUCAUAAACUCAUGUAUGAUGUUGAA